AUGAGUAUUAGUCACACAGAGUUUCCACAGAAAAGGAUUGCUGGUCUACUCCCUAAUGCUUCUUCUGAAGUUAUUGAUCUGAUCACUAGACUUUUCUCAAGGGAUCCAUUGAAACGACCAACUGCUGAUCAAGCGCUAAACGAUCCUUUCUUUAAUAUGGCUACGCAGGCUUCUUAUCCCCUACAUGGUCUUGAGUUGAGGCUUAACACCAUGGCAGCAGAGAUGCCUAAUCUUGAGCUAAACCUCUGGGACUUCAACACGAGUGUUUUCUGGGCUUGA